AGGGGCCCAGCAAAAUCAGAACCAAGAUCCAAGGGAUUCGAACAUAAGCCAUAAUUAUAUAUAGUCGAUGCAAUGCAUAUUGAUGAAAUUCCGAAGAGUCGAGGGAAUUCACUCUUUGCGGCCCCGAACAAUCAUCUCUCUAAUGGAAUCGUUGGCUGUGCCGCUGCCGGUGCGUUCCGGUUUGGGCUUGGCCGCGAAUCCCAUGAAGAAAAAUACAAAAGCUUCGGCAAUACUCUACCACUACCCGUGCCCAGACGGCGCUUUCGCUGCUUUGGCCGCGCACCUUUACUUCUCCGCCGCGUCUCUCCCGGUCCUUUUCUUUCCCAACACCGUAUACAAUCCCAUCACACCAUCACAGCUUCCCCUCCAUGAAAUCGGCGACCUUUACCUGCUUGAUUUCGUCGGACCCCCCGGCUUCGUCCAUGAUGUCUCUUCCAGAGUCGACAGAGUUGUUGUUCUGGACCAUCACAAAACUGCGGUCGAUAAGCUAUCGGAAACACCUACUGGUGAGAACGUAAGUAAAGUUCUGGACAUGGAGAGGAGUGGGGCCACCAUUGCUUUUGAUUAUUUCAAGGAAAAGCUUAUUGGGCUCAAGCUUCCUAACCAGGCGGUGGAGGAGGUAGAGGGUGAAUUUGAGCGAGUUUGGCCCCUGUUCGAGUACAUUGAAGAUGGUGAUCUGUGGCGGUGGAGGCUUCGAAAUAGCAAAGCUUUCAGUGGCGGGUUGAAAGAUUUGGGGAUUGAGUAUGACGUCCAGUUAAACCCCUCCUUGUUUCAGCAGUUGCUCUCUUUGGAUUUGGAGUCUCUAAUUAAUCAAGGCAUGGUGGGCUUAUCCCAUAAGCAGAAAUUAAUUGAUGACACUCUUAUUCACUCAUAUGAAAUUGCACUUGGUGGUGGGCGUUUUGGAUAUUGCCUGGCUGUUGAUGCGGAUUCCAUUUCAGAGUUGAGGAGUGAACUGGGACACCAAUUAGCUACCAAAAGUCGCAAUCAGAAGUUGAGGGGCAUUGGAGCUGUUGUAUACAGAGUUCCUGAGCUUGAAAAUGACCAAUUGCUGAAGAUAAGCCUUAGGAGUUUGGACUGCGAAGACACUACACCCAUCUCAGAGGAAUUUGGAGGUGGUGGACAUCGAAAUGCCAGUUCUUUCAUGUUAAGCCCCACAGAGUUUGAGCGGUGGAAGGUUUGCCAGAGUGUUUUAACAUAGGCAAAAGCAAAAUGGUCAUCAAGGUGGCCAUCAGAAAUGCUAACAUCAACUCAACAGGUUGUAUUUCUAGUUUGUGUAAUUUUAUUUGGAAUCUUGUACAUUAAUAUUCUUUUGCUUCAGUUGAAAAAAAGGAGAAGAAUACCAUGAAGUAGUCGUAGACCCACCCACAUAUGCAUGGGAAUAAUUAAAAUUUUUAAAUAGAAAUUUAUAUAUGUAA